AUGCGGCUGCGCAUGACCGAUUACUUGGCUAUUUUGGCAGCAAUUUUGAUUGUUCCAUUCUGCUUUUUACAGGAACAGGGGAUGGCUCUCGAGCCCGUCACCUCGGCCCUUAGGGUCUACGGAAACGAGUAUUACGAAGCACACGUCAAAGCGGGCCUCAUUACAGGUGUAGUUGAGACUGUGCAGGAGGGAAAGGUUGUUGAGGCACCCCAUUUGCUCUUGCCCCUCUACGAUCCUUAUACUUCUGAGUCUCUUGUUGAUGCUGUCAUGCUAGUUGGUCUUCAGCGUGCAAUGUCUGUGGAUCGAUGUUACGCUGCAUCUAGAUAUACUUCUCCCUAUCAGCAUAAAGCAUCCGUUCUUACGGUCAAUCGCAUGAAGCCGGCUAUUUGUAAAACUGUAGACCUCCAUGGUGCAGAAGACCCCAACCAUCCCUGGCAGUAUGAAGCGUAUUCUGCUGUGGUACGCACAGGAGCAAUGGGGCACAUCAGACACCUGAUUCAAGAGAAUCCUCCCACCCUCAACGAUGAGCGCAUCCUAAAGACUCGCGUUCGUAGCGUUGACCAGAAGAUAUCAACGAAGUUGAUGACAGACUUUGCUGCAUACAAGACACGACGGUAUAUAGCAGGCGUCACAGACACGCUCGAGGUCUUCCUUCUUACUAGAGACAUGAAGACUCUUUGGGUGAACAAAGAGUUGGGGGAUUUAUUCCAGAUGGAGUUGGACGCCUUCUCUACGUUUCAGAUAGUCUCUCAUAAGGUUGAAAUUUCAGAGAAUACUGCUAUUGUGUCCGCCGUGGCACGAUCGCCUACCGGUGACGGGCUUGUUCUCUUGGCUGCACUAAGUCUGACGACUGGGGCUGCGCAAUGGAUCAACACGGCAACAAUCCCCAGCCGAGCUUGGAGCACACGGAUGCUAAAGGACUUCGAGCCCGAAUGGCUGCUAAGCGAGAUUGAUGCUGUCUGUGAGGUGUAUAAUGUUUCAGAGAUAUUUUCUGCCAAAAGCAACAACAAGUUACCAAAAAGGGGGUGUUCUCUUGAUGAAAAGAAGGCCCGGAAGCUGGGGCUUAGUGUGAAGGAUCACUCUUGGGAAAUUCUGCGGAGAUACCUACGGCAGCGAGACGUAUUUAAUACACAGCACAACGUGCAUAGACUAUCCCACGGGGUAUCUCACUAUAUUAUAGCCUACGACGAUGACUAUAUAAGUGGCAUAAGUGGACUCAAGAUCGUGGCCUUUCAUUCCCCGACCUUCAUAGCUCUCUUGGAUGAAGCCACUGGGGAAGAAAUAGCAGCCUACAGCGUCAUGCCCGGGGUCCUCCUAGAACCAGGAGCUGAAUACGGCGAGGUAUUCAUUUCUUAUCUCUCCGAUCGUUCACUCAAGCAGGCCAAGACUUACGAUGUUAAGUACUACGACUAUAUUCGCGUCAGAAGCGUUAAUGGGACGCUCACAGAGGAAAUUGAGCAUCUAUCUCUGUCAGAGAGGUCCACACUACUUAGCACGGGAGCUACAUUUGACGAACCGCCUGAUCCUAUUAAAUCCCUUGUUGGCCCCAUAUUACAUCUCGACGAGAGGCUUAAUAGCCACCUAGCCUUCUUCUUGACGCCGGGUGGCGUUAUCUAUGCGCUUUCUACCAGCACAAAUGCCAUUCUUUGGCGAACGGCUGUCACGGACUUCAUCCCCACAAGUUUGAAUGCACACAUGUCCAUCCAAUGGGCCUCCGGUUCGCAUUCUGUAUUAGUGUUUACCAUGGGCACGCGGGCACAUAUCUUUGACCUGUACAAUGGCAAAGAAAUGGCCAUAUUUAAGUUACCUGAAGAUAGCAUGCAGCAUGCCGAUACAGCCGACGUGUUUCAUGACGACGAGGGUUCACGUGCCAGUAGCACGAUAUUAUUUGCACGCCUACACCCAACAGAACACAAAAACGCUAUUCUUCUAACAUCAGGACCCUAUCUGGACAUUAUCGAAAUGAGUUUACCAAACGAAGCCCUGGCCAGCUACUGGGAGCGGGCAUGCAUGUUUGUACUUGUCGCAACCAUCUUUAUAUCUGCGCUCCGGAUAAUGCCCUCUCUAGCAACCAAAACAGAGUGA